AUGGCAGCCGCCGGCAAGAAGAGGAGCCUGGCGGAGCUGAGCCUGGACGAGUUCCUCGCCGCCGGCUCCGAGUCGGAGCGUGACGGCGGCUCGGAGGAGGAGGAGGAGGAGGCCGCCAGGCCCGCCAAGGGGGCUGCGGCGCAGCGGCGGCAGAGCGGGAAGGCGCAGCAGGCUACCAGGAAGAAGGGAAAGGCGUCUGAACAUAAAGAUCAGCUCUCCCGGCUGAAGGACAAAGAUCCUGAAUUUUAUAAGUUUUUGGAGGAAAAUGAUCGCACAUUGCUGAAUUUUGAUGCUUCAGACAGUUCUGAUGAGGAGGAGGCAUUGCACAUACCACCUGAUACACUGGAGGAAGCAAGUGAUGAAGAUGAAGAAGAGGAACAUAAAACAGUCAAACGGAAGAGAGCUUCUUUCAUCCCUGUGAGCUUGAAAAUGGUUGAAGAAUGGAAAAAAGCUGCAGAGAGAAGGCUAACACCAAGACUUUUCCAUGAAAUCACUCAAGCCUUUAAAGCAGCUGUAGCAACCACCAAAGGAGACAGUGGUGGGGCUGAUCCCAGCAAGUUUCAAGUCACUGAUGCUGCAGUGUUCAAUGCCCUUGUGUCCUUCUGUGUCCGGGACCUGUUCCACUGCCUGCAGAAGCUGCUUCUUCUGAAAGCCCCAAAGAACAAACUAAAAAUGGUCCUCCCUUCCACCAGCCCACUUUGGAGCAAGCUGCGACUGGACAUAAAAGUGUACCUCAGCUGUGCCAUACAACUCCUGUCUUGUUUAACAGAAGCCUCAGUUGGUGCAGCAGUCCUUCAGCAUGUCAGUUCUAUAGUACCUUAUUAUUUGUCCUUUCCAAAGCAGUGCCGUGCACUUCUCAAGCAAGCGAUUAAUUUGUGGAGCACAGGUGAGGAAACAGUGAGAGUACUGGCCUUCCUUGUGCUGAACAAGAUCUGCCGCUACAAGAAAGAGGUGUACCUAAGUCCCUUGCUCAAGCAAAUGUACAUCGCAUUUGUGAAGAACUCCAGGUUCACCUCUCCCAAUGUCCUGCCCAUGAUCAACUUCAUGCAGCGCACACUGACAGAGAUGUAUGCCCUGGACACGCAUACCUCUUACCAGCAUGCCUUCAUCUAUAUCCGUCAGCUUGCCAUUCACUUGCGCAGUGCAAUGACGAUAAAGAAGAAGGAGAACUUCCAGUCUGUUUAUAACUGGCAGUAUAUCCACUGCCUGUAUUUCUGGUGUCGAGUUCUCAGCACAAUCUAUCCCAGUGAGGUCAUGGAGCCGUUGAUCUAUCCUUUGACGCAGGUCAUCAUUGGCUGUAUAAAGCUGGUACCAACGGCUCGUUUCUACCCUCUGCGCAUGCACUGCAUCCGUGCACUUACACUGUUGUCUGAAAACACCAGGACCUUCAUCCCAGUGUUGCCAUUUAUUCUGGAGGUUUUCCAACAAGUGGAUUUCAACAAGAAGCCAGGACGUAUAAGCGCUAAGCCUAUAAACUUCGCAGUAAUCUUGAAGCUUUCCAAUGCCAACCUGCAGGAGAAGGCCUUCCGAGAUGGACUCAUUGAACAGCUCUAUGACCUGAUGCUUGAGUAUCUCCAUUGCCAAGCCUACAGCAUUGGAUUCCCAGAGUUGGUUCUCCCCACUGUCAUUCAGCUAAAAUCUUUCCUGAAGAAAUGCAAGAUUGCCAACUACUGCAAGCCUAUCCGGCAGCUCCUGGAGAAACUGCAGGAAAAUUCUGCCUACAUCGCCAGCAGGCGUCAGAAAGCUACCUUUGGCGUGGCCAGCGGGGAGUCUGUGGAGCAAUGGGAGAAGCAGGUCAAAGAGGAGGGGACACCUCUGACCAAGUAUUAUACUCAGUGGAAGAAGCUAAGAGAGAAGGAGAUACAGCUGGAAAUCAGCGGCAAAGAAAGACUUGAAGACUUGAACUUCCCAGAAAUUAAGCGUAAGAAGCAAGAUGAACGCAAGGAGGAAGAUAAGAAGGAAUUCAAGGACCUCUUUGAGCUGGAGAGUGACUCUGAUGAGGAGAAUGUUGGAUUCCCUAUAAAAGGUAAAGCCAAAGCCAAGCAGGCAUCAGACGACAGUUCAGAAGCAAGCAGCAAGGACUACGGCGAGGAUGAUGAUGAAGAAGAAGGAAAGUAUGAAAUUGAGGAGGACGAGGAAGAAUUGGAAGAAGACAGUGACUCAGAUGAGGAAGGCACGGAAGCCGCUCGGGUUUCCCAAGGGUCACAGAAGCAGAGGAGCUGCACUCGUGGGAUGUCACGCUCUGACCUUGAACAGCUAGCCCAAGGAGAAGACGACAUCGUGGAGGACUUGGCUUUCUCUGAUGAUGACUGAGCACCCUCACGGCCACCCCCUCCACGCUUAUCCCUUACAGAGCUGCUGUGUACUGGCUCACCCAGCCUUCAGCACCUGUAGCUGCUUCUCGAAGAGGUGGUAAGAGCUGGGGAGCACGGAGGGUGGGAGGCCAGCCUCCGCUGCCACCAAGGACUUUCUCCGUGACGCAGCAGAGACGCUACUUGGACUUUCAAACUUUUUCUACCGGUUAUGUUUUUGGUAACAGUAAAAUUGUGGUCACGUCAAAGCCAGUAAAACUGCUCAGCAUAGGUAAUAAAAAGCCCUCAUUAAAAUCUGCUGCUUUAAAUAGCAUAGGGUUCAGUUUCAGCUCCUGCUGGAGCCUGAGCGAGCUGACCAAGGGGCAGGACAAGUUCUUUUGUCUAAGCAUCCUCCUGUCUGUUCAGCCAACCACCCAUGUGGCCCCACAUUUUGCUCUGGGGCCCUCCCCAAACCCUCCCUUUUGCCAAGACCUUCUUAAGGAUUGCAUAGGGUGUUUCAGAGCUUUGUAGCUAUCUUCUUGACUGCAAAUGGAAGCCUUUAUCAGUAACAUCAGAAGCAGCUCAGUCAGUUCAAUCAAGCUGGCUCUAAGUAUGAUAAAGAAGUUAACUUUAAGUAAGUGCCUUAGGAUAUGGGAUGAGGGGGGGAGGUUGUACAGGCAGGAAGGAGUAAGAAGAGGCAAAACUAAUAAUGUAGGAAGCAUACUUUCAUUUCUUUAUUACCUCAGAGCCAACCACUGCAUCACCUGGGCAGCUUCUAGAUGCAGCUCAUUACGUGUCUUCCUGUAGGAGUGGUGCUUGUGGGAGGAUAUUGUGUAGCUCAAGGUGGGUAAGGGCUAUUUGUGAUCUGCUGGGAAAAUACAAACAGCUUAUCUCCCGAGACCACUGUUAGUUUGCAGGACUGGCAGCUAGGAAACAUAUUUCUUUGGAAAAUAAAACUGGAAAUAAAGGGUAUUUACUGAGAGAGGUAGGAGAAGUUAAGUAUUCUUAGGGCAUAUCUGACAGAAUCACUCCUGAAAAUUAACUGUGCCUUUCAAGAGCACUGUUACUUGUUAAUGCAGAUUUUUGGAAAAGAAGAUAGAAGGCCAGGACUAAAUAUGGUCUUUAUUCUUCUCUGCCACCAUUCAGUGAGGUCAGUAGCUAUUGGUCAGCACUGGGGGUGGCCAAGCUACCUGUGCAGAGGUGUGCAUCUCUGCCUUCUGCACUGCCUACAUGUUCCCCUCCAGGCAUCCUUACUCCUGCACAUCACACGAGGACAAGAUGCCUUUUUAAAGAACAUUUUAAAAGAACAACUUUUUUUUUUUUUUAAAGUUCUAUUCUUUUCAUGGAGUCAGAAGAACCACAGCUCAUAAACACUGCCUUAUGGCAGAUAGAUAAAAACCCAAAGGUACUGUAGCCUGACUAGUGGUCUCCCUCUCACCCACGUGUGUGUGUGAUGAUGGCAACUCAGUGUACGUAAAGAGGUAAUUAUGCUCUUCCUGUCCUACAAUGAGUGCUGCUCCUUUCCUGCUUCCAGACAUCAUUACCGCACAGGUAAUUACUGCUGUAGUACAGUGUUGGGGGGUGUUUGCUUCAUUCAGAGUUUGUUAUGUCUUUUUGGAGCUUAGCGGCAGGAACAGGGAUGGGGAGGUCUCUUUUUCCCAACUGCCAGUUACAGUAAUUACUAGACCUGCCCUUCUUAGUCAUGCAUCCAGAUACUCUUCGUCCCAUAAGAGGGAGGACGUAACCUCAGAAAUUAGUAAUUACUAAGUAAGUAUGUUUUACUAUUAUUAACAAACAUCAUUGUUAUUAUCAUUUAUAGCCCACUCUGAGAGGGCCAAAGCAGCUGCUGCCUCACUAGGCGUUUCAGAAGUGCUCAAGACUGAGGUUCCCUACGGCUGGUAAAGCCUGUGUCUUCAGGCAAUUACAUACGGGAGCCUGGGAUAUGACUGCAAAGAUGAGACUUGUAAGGCCCUAACUAUAAGAAAAAGGUUUUAACUUACUUACUUACUUACCUUUGCUUCCAAAAGAGAAAGGAGUUUCUCUAGCUUAGCUGGGCAAGGUGCCGUCUGCCUUAUAGCAGCUGUGACCCGACCCUCAGCUUGGCUUUUAGGCCAGAAAUGUAGCAGCUGGAAUGCACCAAGAGUUACCAACACCAGCGGUAAGGUGUAUGGCCCCAGUGCACACCCAAGGAAAGAAAGGAGACUUCUUGGAUAAAGCAACCACUUACAAGGAGCUCAGGAAGCUAGGUACCAUUUGUAAAUUAAGUGUUUUUCUUUUUUAUUUAAAUUGAUUGCUGGAAAGCAUUUUUAUCGUGAUGUGAUGGAUAAUGACUUUUUUUUUUUUUUUUU